AUGGCCGACCAUGAGGAAUCCACGAGGAUGAAUGGCCAAUCCUCCAAUGUUGUGGAGGCCCCCCAAGAGAGCAUGCAGCUGAAGAAGGAGAUCUCGCUGCUCAACGGUGUCAGCCUUAUCGUGGGAAACAUGAUCGGCUCUGGAAUCUUCGUCUCCCCAAAGGGCGUGCUGAUCUACAGCGCUUCAUACGGGCUGUCCCUGGUCAUCUGGGUGAUCGGAGGGCUGUUUUCUGUCGUGGGGGCCCUCUGCUACGCCGAGCUGGGCACCACCAUCACCAAAUCAGGAGCAUCCUAUGCAUACAUCCUGGAGUCCUUUGGCGGCUUUCUGGCGUUUAUUCGCUUGUGGACAUCUUUGUUGAUCAUUGAGCCCACCAGUCAGGCGGUCAUCGCCAUAACGUUUGCAAACUACCUGGUGCAGCCGCUCUUCCCGACAUGUGAGCCACCGUACGUAGGGUCCAGGCUCCUCGCUGCAGCGUGCGUGUGCCUACUGACAUUCGUCAACUCUGCCUAUGUGAAGUGGGGAACCCGCGUUCAAGACGUCUUCACCUACGCCAAGGUGGCGGCCCUCAUCGUCAUCAUCGCCACCGGCAUCGUCAAGCUGUGCCAGGGUUACACAUCCAACUUUGAGUCCUCCUUUCAGGGAUCCUCUACAGAUCCCGGGAACAUUGCACUGGCGCUCUACUCCGCCCUCUUCUCAUACUCGGGCUGGGACACCCUCAACUUUGUUACAGAGGAGAUCAAAAACCCAGAAAGGAACCUGCCAUUAGCGAUCGCCAUCUCGAUGCCCAUUGUCACCAUCAUCUACAUCCUCACCAAUGUGGCCUACUAUGCUGUUCUGGAUGUUAGUGCUAUACUGGCGAGUGACGCAGUGGCAGUGACAUUUGCAGAUAACACACUGGGUGUGAUGAGCUGGAUCAUCCCCAUCGCUGUGGCUCUGUCCUGCUAUGGAGGCCUCAACGCCUCCAUUAUCGCCGCAUCCAGGUUGUUCUUUGUGGGCUCCCGUGAGGGCCACCUUCCAAAUACUCUGUCCAUGAUCCACAUCCAGAGAUUCACUCCGAUCCCUGCUCUCAUCUUCAAUUGUGUCAUGUCACUGAUCUACCUGACAGUGGAGGACGUCUUCCAACUCAUCAACUACUACAGCUUCAGCUACUGGUUCUUCAUGGGUCUGUCCAUCGCCGGGCAGCUCUACCUCCGCUGGAAGGAGCCCGACAGACCCAGACCUCUCAAGCUGUCUAUAUUGUUCCCGGUGGUGUUCUGUAUGUGUGCCAUCUUCCUGGUGGCCGUGCCUCUUUACAGCGACACCGUCAACUCUCUGAUCGGCAUCGCCAUUGCCCUGUCAGGAAUCCCUGUCUACUUCAUGGGAGUCUACUUACCGGAGUCCAAGCGUCCACCUAUCAUCACCAAGCUGCUGCGUUCUGUGACUCACCUCACCCAGCGCACCUGCUACUGCGUGCUCACAGAGAGCGACAAAGGUGAAUAGCACCCAGUGGGUUUCAAAACUUUACCCAGCAGCCUCGGCUGCCUCAGAGCUGACAGUCACCAGAGGGAACUGGCCAGGGAUUCUGCUGUGGAAAAAGGAUUUAUGACUACCAUUUAUUAUUGCUUCAGACUGUGCACCACUCUGAGGCUCUCCGAUUUCACUGACUAGUUUACAACACUGAAAAUGCUGCCACAGAUGCACAUGAUCACUCACAGUUUUAUUUCUUGGAAUUCAAGGACCUGCAAGGAUUUCAACGCUCAGUCCACACAGUUCUCUGUGUCGUAUUUCAUGUUGUGAGUACUGUCACACACAGUUUGAUUUCUUCAUCACACUAUUUGAUGACGUAUAGUGACUUUCGUUAUGAUUAUCUGUCCUAUUGGUUUACAGGUAAUAGUUAUACAAAUGCCUUGUGCCUGUGAGAUUUUACAGGUCUGUGCACACGACCACAGCAACCUCAUAAGUAGAUUCUAUUUAAUGGAUUUAGAUCGUUGUAAUUGAAAGAUAUUGUGAGAGGUAUAUGUGAUUGUUCUCGCCUGAGGAUUUAAGUACUGUUAACCGUCUGUCCACUUUCUGAAUGAACUAAGGCAGGGGUGUCCAAACUUUUUAUCCCGAGGGCCACAUUCUGAAAAAAAUACGAAG